AUGAAUCAAGCAAAUGAGAAUCAAGUGGAAAGUUAAUAAAUCCUAAAUCCAGAAUUGUUUUCUGCUCCUAAAGGUGUCAAGCAUUAAAUAAUUAACCCUAUCAUUAAAAUAGAGGAUCAGAUAAAAAAUAUCAAGUUGGAAAUCAAUGAAGCUGUACAUUAAGGAAAUGAUACAAAAUAGCUUGAAUAAUAAUUGGAGGACUUGUUAAACAGUUUGAGUGAUAAAUUUUAUCAACUGGAUAUUUGUAUGAGGGAAGUUUUGCAAAAGUUUGUUUAGAAUGGAAAUAAGAUGUUCAUAAGAUUGAAUGAAAAUUAUUUUGCCAACAAUCAAAGGAUCAAAAAUACCUUUAAGGGAUUAGCAGAGUAGUUUAAUUUGCAUUUCUUAGAUCAAAAUCCCACUUAAAGAUAUAUUGUAAUUACUAAGUACUUAAGACCUGAUGGUCGAUAUGAAAUAUAUCUAAGAUAGCCCAGAAACCAUGGGCAUGGACCAUAGACAGUACCCGAAGAGGAUAAGGUUCCUAAGCCCUUUAAGGAGCUAUUUGAAUAGAUUCAAUAACCUCUACCGCCUGAUAUUAUAAAGGAGAUUGCAGUAUAAAAUGAUCCCCAAGAAUAAUAUAGUAUUAAUAUAAGUUUCAAUAAGCCAGAGGAAUAUGGAUGCGAAAUCACUCUUUAUAGGAUAUAUUAAUUAGACAUAUAUGAUUAAUCAUUAUCCUUGUAACCUGCAAAGAGAAUAGUGCUCGAAUUUCCGAACAACAAAGAGUAAGUGUAAUAGUAAACACUAACCUUUACAAGAAAUCAUCCUUUAACUUAAGGCUAGUUACCAUUCAAUGAAAUGGUCUACUUAUCUAUAGAAGCCUAAAAUAAAAAUGGUUGGUCUUCUGAUCUUGAGGUAUAUCCAAUCAAACUGUACGUUAAAUAUUAUGAACCUCUUUCUCUCUAUCUGUAAGGAACUAUUAGUUCUGUCCUAAUCGAUGAUACAAGUCAAUUUUUAGAACUAUUCUAAAUACAAUAGAUUGUAAAUGAGGAAAAUAAGAGUUAUCUUAUAAUUGAAGAUUAUAGCUUGGUUUUGCUUGAGAAGUAAUAAAUAAGGAAUGUAUCUAUCAAAAAAGAGUAUGUGUUUAUAUGAAUGUUAGUACAGUGGCACUGGUGAGUACUAGAUUCCAGGCCUGUUAAUGGGGUAGCAUACUUAACUUCUAUGAUGAAAGCAUUACUUAAAAUUUCGAUGUAGAUCCAAUCAAAGAUUUUGAUAUUAGUCCCCCUUAUCACAUUAACACAGAUAGAGCAAUUAGCAAAAUAGCUUGUGGAUUAUAUCAUUCUUUGGCUCUCACUGUGGAUGGCAAUGUACUUUCUUGGGGAUACAACAAACACGGCUAAUUGGGAAAUGGUAAUCAUAAGAUAAUACUAUCAAUUAGGAAUGACCAUUAGUUCUAUGUAGCCUUAGCAAAUCUCUUAUUUCAAGAAUAAUUAAGUGUUUGUAGUUGAUAUAUCUGCUGGACAAGAAAUCUCAAUAUGCCGAUCUGAUUUAGGGGAUGUGUAUACUUGGGGUAAGAUGCAAAAUUUAUUUGGGGAUAACAUUAUCAAAGUUCUGAAUGCUUAGAAAGAAGCAAUUAAUCUAUAAUGUGCUGAUCAAUCUAAUAGUCAGUUGGUCCCUAGAAAGAUAAAUCUUAAGGCUAAGCAAAUCUAGGCAGGAUAUUCUUGUUUUGCAGCACUCUCCUUAGAGAACAACCUUUAUAUGUGGGGGUGUAACGAACACGAAGUCUUUGGGUUUCUGAAAUGUCCAGAGUUGGAUGACCAAAUUAUUGUUCAUUUAUUGGAUCCAAUUAGGAUUAAUAUUGAGAACGAAUAUGAAAUCAAGUAGAUAAUAAUAUUCUUAUAAUUUUUUAGAGAUUUUUAAAUUGGUGCUUAUCAUUGUGUAGUAAGAGUGAUUUGUAAGAGUAAUUAAAGUGAACAAUACCUUUCUUGGGGUUACAAUAAAUACAAUUAAUGCGGACAAUCUGCAAGUAAUAAAAAUUCAGCUAAAUCUUGCAAGAGAAACCAAAUAGAGUAAGUAUAAAAGAUUAAUAUGUAUAGCAUCUUACCAUAAAAGAAAUUCAAAUCAUAUAGUUGUGGUUUUGAUAGAUCAAUCUUUGCUUCAUUUGACAAUCAUAUUUAUACCUUAUCAAAAAAUGAUACUAAGAACAAUGACUGUUCUGUUUUUGUAGAGGUAAUUAAUUAAUAUUUUCCAGGAAGUUUUGGCCGGAGAUCUUAUAUCCUUGGUAUUGGGAAGGGAAUGAUG